AUGGAGUUUAUAAUGAUAAAUACAAAUGGAAGACAACCAAAUAAGCACUUAACUAGAAAGCAACGACAAGCUUUAUUUGAAUCUCUGUUAAAACAGAGUAGUGAUGGAAAGUUGAAAAAAGGUUCUAUAAGUAGAAUUGUAGACAUGUUUUUAGUCUCAACAAGGACUGUGAUUAGGCUAUGGAAUCAAGCAAAACAAUUUGUGGAAGAAAGUAUUGAGUUUGAUGUUAGCAAUAAGCGAACAAAUAUUCAAUCAAUGGCCAAAGCUUUAGAUAUGUCAAAGUCGACUCUUCAUCGUCGAAUCAAGGAAGGUGUUAUCAGGCCGUAUACUAAUGCUAUAAAGCCUUAUCUAGUUGAUGCAAACAAAAGAGCAAGAUCACAAUUUUACAUAUUAAUGAUUGAGCAAGGUACUCUCACAACAAACCCUUUGUUUAUUGAUAUGCUUAAUGUAGUACACCUUGAUGAAAAGAUUUUCCUAUUUGUAUACAAGGAACCAACUAGGCGUAAUGGCAAAAAUCAACUGGUUAGAACUUUAGAGACCAAACCUAAUUUUUCAGUAACUAAAAAUGUCACAAGGUCAUGUUUAAUUGAUAAAAUGUUACCAGCAAUCGGAGCUAAAUGGCCUCUUUCUAGUGAAAGAAGAAUUUUCAUUCAACAAAAUAAUGCAAAGCCACAUAUCCACAUUGAUGAUGAACAAUUUCUUCAAGCUGCAAGUGUGGAUGGAUUUGACUUUCAACUAUUUUUUCAACCUCCAAAUAGCCCUGAUUUGAAUGUAUUGGAUCUUGAAUAUUCUACAGCAAUACAAUCAAUACAAUCUUUAUAG